GGCGCGUGUCAUAACUUGAGGAAGGGCGCAAACCUUACACGGUUCAUGCAUUAACCUCGUCCUUUGGCCCUGUCCCGUGUCCUGUGAAAGUUGUGGCCCGGAGAAGAGUUAUUUACACUACUGUGUAUAUUUUGUGAAUUUUCCCUGGAGCUCUACAGGAUGUAUAACGGCGGGGUAGUGUCAUACCUUCUUUUAGGAGCCUUUGUAGUGCUAUUUUCCACUGCAGUAUCUCAGAAAAAUACAGCACCAGCUAAGAAUGCAAACAGCGCCGCAAAACCAGCAGCUAAUCCCUCAGUAUCCAAAAAAGCGGAUCCUAUUGAACAACGGGAUGCUACAACGCCUAUGCGCCAGUUGCCCUCAAGGCAACAAGCCCCAACAGCAGCUCCAGCACCGGUUGCUCCUGCCGCAGCAGUUGCCCCCAAAGCAACCAAUCAAAUGGCUAGACCUCCAGUAGUACCCAAAGCAACCAAUCAAAUGGCUAGACCUCCAGUAGUACCCAAAGCAACCAAUCAAAUGGCUAGACGUCCCAUGGCACCCCGAACACCUCCUCGUAAACCUGCAAAAUAUAUACCACGUGAUCCCAUUGUUCAUGCUCGACCAAUCACACCGGAACCAAAACAAGUACGGAGUGAACCAGUAGUUCACGCUCGACCGACGACACCGGAACCAAAAGAAGUGGAUGCUGAGGGAACAACCUCCGGUUAUUACUACGAUUACUACAAUAACUAUAACAGCCAAUAUGAUGGAAGAAAUGGUAGUGGUAUUAACCAAGGGGCUUCACCGAAGGAAAGCGCAUGCCCAGUUUUCAGAGAGACCAUAAUGGAGCAUCACGUCAUUUUACGUCGAAAUGGAUGUGAAAUCGUUCUAUCACAGGAUGAUGCUAUACGAUGGUUUGGCAGACCGACAGGGCCGUUAGUUUACUCCCGGAAGUACAUAUAACGAUGAAAAUCUCUCAGCGAGCAUUUACUUUUGAUUUUGAUUUUUGUUGCCGAAGAGAAUGGUGAAAAAGAACCACAAGUUAUUUUUUAUUGUGUAUGUGCAUGUACAUAUGUCUGCAAGGGACAGCACAAAAACACAUUGUCAUUACAGUAUAUCACUAAACAAAUGUUGUAUUUGCAAAUUUAAUAAGGUAAAUGGAAAAGCCAAAUACAAUAUUGUAAAUCAGUUUAAUACUAAAGUGAUUUAAGGGAGAAAAUCACUUAUCCUAUUUCUUGUGAAAUAAACGAUUCUUGUCAGUUGUUAUGCUGA